GGGAGUCGGUCGGUACUAUGAUACCUCAGGAUUAGUCAGCCAGGCGAGGGAAGGUCUGUGUCAAAGAGGGGAAAGCGAGCGCCCACUCAGUCGCCUCCUGACAGAGACAGCUGUUUGGGAAGGAGAAGGGAAUUAGGAGGAGGAGGCAAAGGGAAGGAGAGUCAGAGCUGCCCGGGUUUUUGAGGGAGGAGGAGGCGGCAAAGAAGGGGGAAAAAGAGGUCAGGAAAGAAGGCUUGAGGAGGAGGUGCCUUCGAGAAGGAGCAGGGAAAUCCCCAGGAAAGCGAGCACGUUGUGAGGGGGAAGCAGAGAGACAGAACGAGAAGUGAGUGAGUGAGCCUCCUCCUCCUGCUGUUCGGCGUCAUGGCCCCAUUGUGAGGCGGCCUUCUCGCGGGGGAGGAGGAAAGAAAGACGGAAGGAAGGAAGUGCGGGAGAGAACUCUCUCGUGUCAAGGCUCCUUCACAUACACAUACGCUGAACGCUUUUGGGUGACACGCUUUGAACGCCUGCCUUUCUCUUGGGGGUUGGUUCGCCCUUUCUUCCAGCGAUGCCGCUGCUGCACCGAAAGCCCUUCGUGAGGGAGAAGCCGCCCGCGGAUUUGGGACCCGGCGAACACGUCUUCCACUGCAGGGUUACCAAUGAAGUCUUCCGGGAUUAUGAUGACUUCUUUGAACGAACCAUUCUGUGUAACAGCCUUGUGUGGAGCUGUGCUGUUACAGGUAAACCAGGACUCACCUAUCAAGAAGCACUAGAAUCAGAAAAGAAAGCCAGACAAAAUCUCCAAAACUUUCCAGUGCCACUUAUUGUUCCAGUCCUGUACUUAGUUACCCGUACUCAAUCUGCACGACUUCAUGAAGUAUGUGAUGACAUCUUUGCUUAUGUCGAGAACCGUUAUUUUGUUGGUGAAAUUGUUGAAGUACUUCGGAAUAAUGGUGAAAGAUUGCAGUGUAAAAUUUUGGAAGUUAAAGCACCAUUAUGUCAGAAUGGUAUGAUGAAUGGUCAUGCCAACGGUACAGAUGGAGUCACCAUAGUCAUUAGUGAUAGUGACGAUUCAGACUCGGAUACCAAUUCUGAGCAAAAUGGGAAAGAAAAAGCCAUAAUUGACCCCUCUUUGUUCAAAUACAAAGUGAAGCCUAUUAAAAAACAACUAUAUGAAUCCGUUACAGUGAAAGCAUUUCAGAUAUGCCGAAGAAAACAUCUUUUUUCUCGUGAAAGGCUUAAGCUUUUUUUGAAGCAACACUGUGAAUCGCGUGAUGGCAUUGUUAAAAUUAAGGCAACAUCGGUUGCAAAAUACAAGAUAGGCGAAAAUACUUUUUCCAACUUCUUCCCUGAUGAUCCUCCCACUUUCAUCUCCAGUACUUCAAAUAGGCGGCGAAGGAGACUUCCAAAGAUGGUAUUAGACAAUGUUGAGGAUACAGUUCCAGAAGAACGGCUUAGUCCUAGAAACGUAAGCAGCGCAGCAAAGGAAAGGGCAAGGUUCCAAAAAGAAAAAGAAGAAAUGAGGGCCAUGGAAAAAUUAAAAAAGGAGAAAACAAAUGUGGUAGAAUCCAAGAAAAAAGAUAAAGAAGAUAAGGAUAAAAGAAAAGAAGAACUAAAGAAGAUUGUGGAAGAAGGGAAGCUAAAGAAGAAGGAAGAGAGGGAGCGACUCAAAUUAGAAAAAGAAAAGGAGAGAGAGAAAUUGCGAGAAGAAAAAAGGAAAUACCUAGAACAUCUGAAGCAAUGGAAUAAGCGUAGGGAAGAUAUGGAAUGUGAUGAUCUCAAGGAACUUCCACUUCCAACUCCAGUGAAAACCAGACUACCUCCUGAGAUCUUUGGUGAUGCAGUCAUGGUCUUGGAGUUCCUCCAUGCAUUUGGGGAACUCUUUGAUCUGCAGGAUGAAUUUCCUGAUGGAGUUUCUUUAGAAGUUUUAGAGGAAGCUCUUGUAGGAAAUGACAGCGAAGGCCCACUAUGUGAAUUGUUGUUCUUCUUUCUGACUGCCAUUUUUCAAGCCAUGACUGAAGAAGAAGAAGAAGUGGCCAAAGAUCAAAUUGUUGAUGCUGAAACCAAAGGUUGCAAUUUGAAAAACUUGGAUCUUGAUAGCUGCACUCUUUCUGAGAUCCUCAGACUUCAUAUCCUAGCAUCUGGUGCAGAUGUAACAUCUGCCAAUGCAAAAUACCGUUACCAGAAGCGAGGAGGAUUUGAUGCCACAGAUGAUGCUUGCAUGGAGCUGAGAUUGAGUAAUCCUGGGUUGUUGAAGAAACUCUCGUCUACCUCAGUAUAUGAUUUAUCUUCGGGGGAAAAGAUGAAGAUUCUUCAUGCUCUCUGUGGAAAGCUUCUGACUCUUGUUUCUACUCGAGACUUCAUUGAGGACUCUGUUGAAGUCCUGAGACAAGCAAAACAGGAAUUCAGAGAGUUAAAAGCAGAACAGCAUCGCAAAGUAAAAGAAGCUGCAGCAGCAAGAAUCCGAAAGAGAAAAGAAGAAAGAUUAAAAGGACGAGAACAAAAGAUGAAAGAGAAACAGGAGAAACUGAAAGAAGAGCAGAAAAAUCCUUCAGUUGAAGUGACUAUUGGGGAGGAGGAACAAGAAGAGCUUGAUACAAGUACAGAGAGCAAAGAAGUUGAAACAAAGGAGCAAGAUCUUGAUGCUGCAACAGACGAUGAGGAUGAUUUAGUACCAAACAAAAAGAAAAGAGGAAGAAGAGGACAAAAUGGCUUUAAAGAUCUUGCAAAGCGAAUAGAGACUACAAGUGAAAAAUGUGAGCCACUUACUCCAGAGGAGGAAGAAGUUUUAAGACAGGAGCAGCUCACCAAAGAAAGUGAACUUAUGGAAAAGAUCCAGAAAGCCACAGUCUGUACCAAUAUCUCUCCUUUGGGCCGCGAUCGCCUCUACCGGCGGUACUGGCUUUUCCCAUCAGUUCCAGGAUUAUUUGUGGAAGAAGACUAUUCUGGUUUAACAGAAGACAUGCUGUUGCCCCGGCCAUCUUCAUUUCAAGAUAAUAUACAGGGUCAGUUAACCACUAAAAGUGCAGAAUCUUUAAAGAUAGAAUCUACCUCUAAUGCUCACCAAGAUUUGAAUGGUAGUGCCAGGAUAUCUGUAUCACAGCUAAAACAUAAACCAAACCGAUGGUGCUUUUACAGUUCUCGGGAACAAUUGGAUCAGCUCCUUGUUUCUCUCAAUUCCCGAGGUUACAGGGAAAGUGCCUUAAAGGAAGUUCUUUUGCAUGAAAAAAACAAAAUAUAUGAAAAACUGGAGAAUUUUCCUGCUGAAAAAUUCCAUAUUUCAGAGAAACCCCAGCAUGAAUCUAAACUGCAUCCAGGACGGGGGAAAACACAAAAUACAUAUGAUGUCACACUAAUGUCUGCAGAAAAGCAACUUGAAUUGAGGCUCAGAGAUUUUCUUUUGGACAUUGAAGAUAGAAUCUUCCAAGGAACAUUAGGCUCAGUUAAGGUAACAGACAGGAAUACUUGGAGAACAGCAUUAGAAAAUGGGCAGUACGAGUUACUAAAUGGGGGAAUCAAAGAAAAUGGUAUCGCAAAAUCUGAGACUGAAGAUGCUGAAGAGAUGGAAAUAGAUGAUCAAGUAAAGGUUUUGAUAAAAGACAGAUUAAUUGGGUUAAAACCAGAACCUCAAAGCACUGCCUCAACUAAUACAAGCACUCCACAGCCUGUGAAUAAUGCGGUCCAUUACUUGGCAAUGGCAUUGCUGCAAAUACAGCAAGGCGUUGAACGCAAAUUUCUUAAAGCACCACUCGGUGAUGCAGAAGAAAAUAAGAGAGAUCAAAAAGGAGACAAAAGGAAAAAGAGAGAAGAAGAUCAAUCCAGUCAGAAAGAUGAUGCCAUUGAUGGUGGCCGCUCACACAAAAAAAUAUUGGACCGUUGGAAGGAAUCAUUGCUUUCUUCUGCUAGCCUGUCUCAAGUCUUUCUUCACCUCUCAACACUGGAACGAAGUAUUAUCUGGUCUAAAUCCAUUUUAAAUGCUCGUUGCAAAAUGUGCAGAAAGAAAGGAGAUGCUGAAAGUAUGGUGCUGUGUGAUGACUGUGAUCGAGGCUAUCAUAUAUACUGUAUAAGACCAAAACUCAAGGUUGUUCCUGACGGAGACUGGUUUUGUCCAGAAUGUCGACCAAAGCAACGUUCUAGACGCCUUUCAUCCCGUCAAAGGCCUUCUGUAGAAAGUGAUGAAGAGACAGAAGAACAAAUUGAAGAUGAGAAUGAUGAAGCUAGUUAUGAGGAAACUGGACAAAGUGAGGAAGAUGAUUAUGAAGAAGAAGAAGAUGGUGAUGAUUCUGAUUCUCAAGAAGAGGAUGAGAAAAGAUUAUCCAAAUUAGGAAAACCUCAGGUAAAACUUUCUCUAAGAACAAGAGCUUCAAAACUUGCUGCUGUCAUCUCAAGACAAUGCAACCAGCAACAAGUUACUAAAAGAUACAGUUCUAGGAGUCAGCAGAAUACACCUAAAUCAACUGGAUCUACCUAUAAAGGUACUGGGAGAGCCCAAAGGAAAACAAAAUCUGCUCCUCCAUCAGUAACAAAAUUAUCAAGACUUAACAGCCGUUCUACUCGUCACAAUUGUGGUUUGCUACAAGAAGAUGAAUUUAUAGAGUUAACCAAUCCACUAAGACAACGCAGAGGGAGGAAGACAGCAGAUAAUACUCCUGCUAGCAGUCCUUUAAGUUCUGUUGGCUUCAGAACUCUUGACUCUGUGGAUUCAAGUGAAAAGAAAAGUUCUCCAGUUUCUAUAGUACAAAAUCAUCUUCAGGAUUCAGAGUCCAAAAAGAGGGGUAGGAAACGACAAUGUACAGAAUCUUCUCAAGUGCCAUUGAAUAGGAGAAGUUCAGGGCGUCAGAGUGGAGUACAUGAAUUGUCUGCUUUUGAGCAGCUGGUUGUGGAACUAGUACGUCAUGAUGACAGCUGGCCUUUUAUGAAGCUAGUUUCCAAAAUCCAGGUGCCAGACUAUUAUGAUAUCAUCAAAAAACCUAUUGCCUUAAACAUAAUCCGUGAAAAAGUGAACAAAUGUGAAUACAACCUAGCCUCGGAGUUCAUUGAAGACGUUGAGCUGAUGUUUUCGAACUGCUUUGAGUAUAAUCCACGUAAUACAAGUGAAGCAAAGGCUGGGACAAGACUUCAGGCAUUUUUUCAUACUCAGGCUCAAAAGCUUGGACUUCCAGUUGCAUCUGGUUACAUGGACCAUGCUGCUCCAGCAACCAAGAGAUCACGAAUCUAACCUCUUUCUUCAAAAGGACUUUAAUUAGAGGAUUCCUCUUCAUUUUCAUGGAAAAUGAAACACUGAAAUCAUGCAGCUAUACAAAGCAAUAACAUCUGCCACACCUUGGAAGUGUGGCCUGCACUAUGCUCUGUUUAUUAUGCACUCAGGAGAAUGUAGGAAAGAUUAUCUUUGCUACAGUUUUGUUCAGUGUCUAAUACCUUUGAUAGAUAGGUAUUGAAUAACAGUACUGUUUUACAGAAGCUGAGAAUUGUAUUUUUAAAGACCAAUUUUUAUGUCCAAAAGCCUUCCAGAAUAUUUUUUUCAGCACCAGGCAAUAUUGUUAUAUUCUUUAGAUUUUGUAGAGCGUACGGCAUUGUUUUCUGAAGGUUUAUCUUCAUCACAAUGGACAACUAAAAUCUAAAGUCACUUGACUAAAGUUUUUGACACUACGUGAAUGAGUGUAAUUUCAUAUUUUUCAUAUUCUUUAAAUGACUGUGCCAGUGCUAGUUGGAAAGACUCGAUCUUACUUUAUUACGUCGAUAUUUAUUUAGCAGUCAAAUAAUUUGUGACCUUGUCUUUUUGUAUUUAUAAAAAAAUUACUUUGAGGAUAUAAAAAUCCUUAACAUUCUGUUUUCUUUGUGUUUUGUACUUCAAAUGAUCAAUUAAUUGUCCUCUUUCUACAGGACAGUUCUUCCAGCACUAUAUGUUUAUACAGUUUUGUGAGUAAAAUAAAAAUAAAAUGAGAACAUUUUCAAAAUA